AUGGCGAUGUUUAUGAACAGUCCGCCAUUCGUCUACCCAAAGGAGCAGAAAUACAGAAAGCUCAUCAACAGUUUACUGCAAAAAGCUGAAACUGACGGUUACAAUUCAAUAGCAUUUCCGCCACUGGGAUCUGGUAUAAUCGGAUACCCAUGUGAUAAAGUGGUAAAUGCCUUAUUUGAAACAGCUUUGGCAUUUCGUAGAAAUCAUCUGAAAUCAAUCAUUUUUGUUGUACCUCCAAACGAUUCUGAUAAGCAAAAGAUGUUUGAGAGAGAACAAGCAAGACACUUUCCAGAAAGAGAUAAACUACGCAACAUUCACUUGAUGAAAGGAGAUCUUGCAAAGCAAAAUGUGGAUGUCAUUGUUAAUUCAACUUGUCCUAAGUUUGAGUCAUCCUGUACACAGAUGCCUAAUGCUGAUUCAGCUAUCCUUUUACAAAAGUGCAAAGAAAGAUACCCCCGUGGAAUUCAAGCUGGACAGAUUGCAGUUACUGGAAAUGGAAAUCUCCCCUGCAAGCGUGUUUAUCACGUAAUACUAGACAAGUGGUCCGCAGAUGGGAAAACAAUUCGUAACUUCAGAAAUGCCAUCGAUAAGUGUUUCGUGCAAGCUGCCGUUGAUGGAUUUGAAAGUAUGGCGUUCCCAGUACUUGGCACUGGUGAUCAAAACUACCCUACAGAUGUUGUGUGCAAAGUGAUCUUUGAUAGCUUCAGCAAUUUCUCUCACUAUAAUAAAAGAACCUCACUUUGUGAUAUCACAGUGAUCGUACACCCAGAUGAUACUGGAAACUGGAGGGUGUUCACUGACUCUAGGCAAUUAGAUGUCCCUCCUUCAAUUCGUCCGGCUCGCAGAUAUUCCGGUGCUGGACACCCAUCUCGCGAAGAGGCAGCAGCAGAUGACGGCUUUCAUACGCCCCCGGUAUACUGGACUCCCAUGGGUGAAGAAGAAUACAUCAAAAUUGUUCAAUUGCCAACUGGAGGCGACGAAUACAAGUCUGUGGCAAAGACCUUUACAUCCACACACCCAGAUGCUGUUGUUGUUCAGAUUGAACGAAUCCAGAACAAAACCUUGCAUUAUCAGUACCAAGCGAUGAAAGCCCUGUUUAAAGCCAACAACCCCAGAAUACAAAAUGAGAGGACUCUUUGGCAUGCAGCGACCUCUGAUAACAUCACCAGCAUAAACGCAACUGGAUUUAGUUCAAUUCAUUGUGUCAGAAAUACAACUUGUUAUGGUCGUGGGGUAUACUUUGCUAACGAUGGUACUUACGCUGCUCGAGACAGUCAGGGAUAUAGAUACAUCUAUCAGGCCUUAGUGCUGACAGGAGAAUUUACCAAUGAAUAUAAUAACAUUACGAUCGGCAUUCCUAAGUUACCAACAUCCCGUCCUCUCUAUACACCGGACCCUACCGAGAUCCCUCGGCAUGACAUGGUGGUCCCUCCUAUGAAGCAUGGCGCAGCGAAAGACGUUAGGUUCGACUCAGUUGCUAAUGGAGUAAACGAUCCUACAAGGUUUGUCAUCUUCAAUGAGACACAAGCGUACCCUCAGUAUCUUAUUACGUUUCAACAAAACACUGAACAAAAAACUGAACAAAAAACAGAAACCAUUGCCCAAUUUAGCUGCAGCGUGUCUUAGAUAACUGCCUCAUCUGUUUCUAAUCAUGCCUUCAGUAAUAUGCCUGAUAAGUCCCUGGGAUAGGUUUUGCCAUUAUCGGUGCAAUACUUGUCCCAGUUCUUGUAGACUGCCUGUGGGUAUCCAGCUCUCCUCCAGAACGGUAUUUGUAGCAAAGGGUUGUCACUUAACCCAGCGGACUAGAAUCCGUUGCUGAUAAAGAAAAGAAUCGUACAAAGUUUAUCAUCUUCAAUGAGACUCCAGCGUACCCUCAGUAUCUUAUUACGUUUCAAUAAAAUGCAAGAGAACCCACUACAACAGAACCAACUACAACAGAACCAACUGGCGGAUAUUGCUGCAACGUGUCUUCUAAUCAUGUCUCCAGUAGUAUGUCUGAUGGGUCUCGUGGUAGUAUUUGCCAUUAUCGGUGCAAUGCUUGUCCCAGUUCUUGUAGACUGCCUGUGGAUGUAUAGCUCUCCCCCAGAACAGUAUUUGUAGCAAAGGGUUGUCGCUUAACCAUGCGGACUAGAUCACGAUCUUUAUGUGCUGACAUCGUCGAGGCCUUCCAGUUUGCCGAUGUUUCAUUGCUAAUCUGCUUUUAACAGAAUGGUGGUAACCAAGCUGACUGACGAGCAUCAGCUUCGUAGGACAUUUCUGCAUUAAUAAUUACUAUUAUUCGCCACCUUUCGAUAUCAGAUAUAUCUUAGGAGUCACGUUGAACAAAAAUUAAGACUAAGCUUAACCUAUUUCUAGGUGUAUAACAAAAUACAUGUUUUUGGGCCUCAAGUGCAGAGGUCAAGGAUGCCUGUGCAGGGCGAAUAUGAAUAUAUUUAUUUUGUGUGUGUGUGUGGGGGGGGGGGGGGAUCCGCUAUGAACUCCGCUCGCCACAGUCCAGACUCCCCGUCCCUACUAAAGCCCCUGAACACAUGGCAGGGGCACAUCCUUCCCUGGGGCUCGUGUUCCUAUGAGCAUGGGAAAACGUUAACUAAUAAUAUUGCAUUUUUUUGUUGUAAAUUAUUGGGGUUUUUUUUUAUAUGUAUUAAUUUUGGGUUAUAAUCAUUCUGCUGAAGUAGUUAGAUUAGGUUGUAUAUUUGAUGUGGGGGCUAUGACAAUAUAUCACUUGUACCAACGAUUUGUGAGUUGCGUUGACCUGCUUCAUUUACUUCUUAACAUGUUUUAUUAGGUUAGUACACGUUCUUAUUCUUUAUUGAUUAAUGAUAUAGAGGGCUGACUUUAAUAUCAAUAUCUAAUUCAUUAUUUCUUACGUUGAUAUGAUAGUGUGGUUAUGCUGAUAUGGUAUUGUGUACAAUUACGUUGAUAUGACAGUGUAUUUACGUUGAUAUGGUAUUGUGUAGUUAUGUUGAUAUGAUAGUGUAGUUACGUUGAUAUGGUAUUGUGUACAAUUACGUUGAUAAGAUAUUGUGUGCAGUUAUAUUGAUAAGAUAUUGUGUACAGUUACGUUGAUAUGGUGCCUUAUUUGAAAAUGACAACUGAUGUGCAUUGUUUUACCACGCUUUUCUGAUUAUUUAAGACCACCCUGCUUAAAGUGAAUUUUAUUUUUUAAUGUAUUUUCCUUGGACGAACUCCAGCCCCUUAGAAACUUCGCUGUCCACGGUGUUGAACCUCGCCCUCUGCAUAAAUGUCUACACAUGUGCGUAUAUAAUUACAUGUUUUGGCAUAACUUUAUUCGAAAGUUAUGAGCAAUACGAUUAUGUGAUAAUUGUUCGUCCUUUGGACCUGUCUUUGAAUAUCUUUAUCUGGGGGCGACCGUUUGUAAUACGGGACGUUUGGGAACGUUUGCUUGUGAAAAUAGAGAAUUUAUAAACUGAUACUUUUGUGGUAAUUUGACAUUCAAACCAAUAGAUUAAUGUUAAUUUAGGAGAAUUAUGUUGCAGGUAUUACUGGGUUGACAUAUUUCAUAUGCAAGUUGUAGUAAACUUAAAACGUUAUUUUUUCUAAAUAUAUAUUUAUAUCUUCCAUUUCCAUUGCAAUCAAAGUAUGUGAUGUUUUUCAGAUCACAUACUUUAAGACUUUGAUAACUUUGCAAAUUAGAUGUAAAUUAAU